AUGAUGGGAGACAUCUACGCUGCAGCGGAAUGUACAAUUAUUUGGCUUGGUCAAGAGUCGAGCGAGAUCGACCUGGCCUUUGGCUGGUUGUUCAGUUUUGAAGCGGUUAUUUGCGAGUCAGUGAACCAGAUGUCGACGGCCGGUACGCUACCAGCAGCCAAGCCUAUGGAGCACUUCACCGCGGAUCAGCUCCAAACGAUAUUCACCAAGGUAACAGCCUCAUCCACCAUCAAUCAAGAGGAUGCCUAUCGGUGUAUCUCGGUUUUGCUUCAGUGUUCUUGGUUUACACGAAAGUGGAUCAUCCAAGAGCUUUUCCACUCACGGAAGCCACUGCUAGCCGCUGGCAGGAAGUUUCUUGACUGGUCAACACUGGCGCUCUGGUUAAGAUUUCUUCAAGCGUAUCCUACUCAGGGGGAGAUGCUUAUUUGCAACUUCCUUGAGCUUCUGGAUUCCGGCACCAAGGUUCCGCCGAUCCAGCUGGCGCGAGCUACGCUUCUGGGGACGAUUCAGCAAUCCCCAAAGAGGCUCUUGAUGUACAACCUGGCAACUACACUUGACUUUGAAUGUGGUGAAACCCGCGACCACAUUUUUGCGCUCAUUGGGAUUUCGUCGGACGCAGACCGCUUCAACAUUAUCGACUACGGAAGCGCGGUGGAGGAUAUCUGCCGGCAGAUCGCGAAUGUUUGUGUUAGUGAUGCUACCAGCCUUAGACUGCUGUGGCUCAUUGGCUAUCUUAUGCCGUUGGAGCGCCGGGUGUAUACUUGGGUGCCCAACCUUGAGAGGGUUGUGACGGACAGGAGGAACGGGAGCAGAUCGUCAAGCUCGGGUUCAUUUGGAGGCAGCAACCACCGAAUAUAG